AAGACAAGACUUAAUAGUAAAAAGAGAUGUUCCGCUUGUGCCCCAAAAAGCUACCCUCUAAUCUCUAUCGUGCCUCCUCAUAUUCCCCAAAGUCCACACGACCCGAUAAAAGAAUCCAUUCUCCCCUAAAUCCUGAUCAAACCCAAACCCUCCCUCUCUCGCUCCUCCUAUCUUCUCUGUUCUAGGCGGAACGCAACUGUCUGUGUUUUCGAUUUCAAUCUCUGCUCUGCCAUCUAACAACACCAAAUAAAAAUGGCCCUGCCCUAUAACCAUCACUAUAAGCUUUCGCUUUCUUCUCUCUUUUCAGGGAAACCUAUUUCUUCACGUUUACAACCCAUUUGUUGUUUACAGUGUAAUUCUAGUGUUUCAUCCUCACCAUUUACGGAGAAGCACUCAUUGCAGAGAUACCAAAGGGACCGCUGGGUCUACGACAACAACCAGCGGCUAUCUCUUAACAAUAAUGACCAUGCUGGGUCCUGCUCCAUCCCGCCCGAUACCCACUCCAUCAGGCUAAAUGACAUCGCUUUGCAGCUGCCGGAGCUCAGGAAGUUGCUCCAAGUUUUAAAACACAAGAGAGAGAGCUGUGGGGGCCAAGUAUCCAGGAACGGGCCAGGGAAUGUAUUCUUGGUGGGGACAGGACCUGGAGAUCCCGACCUCUUGACAUUAAAGGCUGUCAGAGUCAUACAAAAUGCUGAUCUUUUAUUGUACGAUAGGUUGGUUUCUAAUGCUGUAUUAGAUUUGGUUGGCCCUGAUGCCAGGCUUCUCUAUGUCGGCAAAACUGCUGGCUAUCAUAGCCGAACUCAGCAGGAAGAGAUACAUGAGUUGCUUCUGAGUUUUGCUGAAGCUGGAGCUACAGUUGUUAGACUUAAAGGAGGGGAUCCACUGGUAUUUGGAAGGGGUGGGGAAGAAAUGGACUUUCUACAACAGCAAGGGAUUCAGGUCAAGGUUAUCCCUGGUAUUACUGCUGCCUCAGGAAUAGCUGCAGAGUUGGGUAUUCCUUUAACCCAUAGAGGUGUUGCAAAUAGUGUAAGAUUUCUCACAGGUCACUCAAGAAAAGGGGGAACAGAUCCUCUUUUUGUUGCAGAGAAUGCAGCUGACCCUGAUUCAACUUUAGUGGUUUAUAUGGGCUUAUCCACCCUCCCUUCUCUAGCAUUAAAGUUGAUGCAUCAUGGUCUACCACCAGACACACCAGCAGCUGCAGUUGAGCGAGGAACCACACCUCAACAGCGCAUGGUCUUUGCAGAAGUGAAGGAUCUUGCUGAUAAAAUUAAAAUGGCAGAGUUAGUAUCACCAACACUAAUCAUUAUUGGGAAGGUUGUUGCACUUUCACCGUUCUGGCGGCAGUCUUUGAAAGAAGAAUCCUGUUUGGUUGAGGCCUAAGCGAUGUCUAUGAGGCAGCAGCUUAAAAGGUUCUAAUUGUGAGGUUGAUCAGUUUAUUUUGGGAUGUCAAAGAACAAGUGAGAGGUCAAUUUCUCGGCUGCUUCAAGAUGUAGGCACAAGCAGUUAUGGAAUUUCUAGGACUUGUUAAUUUUAACAAGCAGCACCAAAUAUUGGUACAAAUCUUGUUAGGAAAAUCAGUUGAAUUUCUUUCUGGGAAUUUAUAUAUUUCAUGGAAAAGAGCUGGUUGCGUUGCUGCCUCCAGUCAUCCGGAAAAUGUAGCCAUCUAUUCUAACAUUUUGCAAUUGAAUUCUUCUGAAUGAAGAGUAAUAUCAUAAAAUUUUGUACUUUCAACCAAUGAGUUGUAACAUUUGUUACUGAGUAACUGUUGUUGAGGCAUAAAUUUAUUUACACGAUCUUUGUUCUGAGUUAA